AUGUCUGCGGUGGUGCACGCCGGCCGUUACUCCGCAAGGCGUGCAGAAAGCUUGGUGUUCAAGAAGGCGCGUGGUAUAGCCAAGACUUCAGCUGAGCGAAAGUUUGAAGUGUGGCUUUGUCAGGCUAUCGCAACUGCGUGCCCGUUGCCUUUGGACGCGCGCUUCGGAGCGCUCAGCGAAAGAUGCAAUGUGGUGAAGUUUGGAGAACGCGAUAACGAAGGAAGGAACGUUUUAGAAGAGCGCAGAAGGCAGGAAGCACGUGGAUACGAAGAGUCUUGA